ACGAAUGAAGCGGCCGGAAGUCCAGGCGGAAGACUUUACGUGUUGUUAUUUUAUUCCCCCCAAUCUCAGCGGGAUGAUACGUUAGAUGUGGUUUGGUUUGGAUGUGUCACUGCUACUCAGAAUGAAACCCUCUGUCGUGGGAUGAAAUCCCCGCGGCGCUUAUUGUCCUCAAACCGUGACACGAUGAAGCGAUACGUUAGAUUCUUCUUCCGCCGCUCUGCAUGACAAGCUAACGGAUGCUAACGUUGGCGGCUAGCUCUUACUGUCACUGCAACAAAAUGACAGCGACCAGAGAAAAGAUGCUUAUAAGAGGAGCAAGGUGUACGGCAGGUGGGACGUGCACAUGGGGUCAGUGAGGGUUGGUCACCGCUGGCUGAGGUUCACCCGAUGACCAAGGAGGUGCGACCCACAAAGGGGCAGGAGCCAUGAAAGGAGAGGGCAGGGUGGCGUGUGGGCAGGGCGAGGCUCUGUUCCAGGACCUGGACUUCCCCUCUGACGACACGUCCCUGUUCUCUGACAGCACCACGCCUGUCGCUCGGCUGCAGGGGAACAUCACCUGGCGGCGGCCGCAGGAAAUCUGCCAGUCACCAGUUCUCUUCCCUGACAACAUCAACCUGCGUCAUGCUAAACAAGGCUUGUUAGGAGACUGCUGGUUCCUCUGUGCCUGCACUGUCCUGCUCAAGAACAAACAUCUACUCAACAAGGUGUUACCCCCAGAACAGCCCCAGUGGGGUGACAGCAGGUACAGGGGCUUCUUCCGGUUACGUUUCUGGCAGCAGGGAUACUGGACAGAGGUGACCAUUGACGACCGCCUUCCCUGUAUUCAUUCAACUCUGUGCUUCUCAAGCUGCCACUCCCCCACUGGCUUUUGGGUAGCCUUGUUGGAGAAGGCCUAUGCCAAGCUUCAUGGCUCAUACGAGCGGCUGUGGGCAGGGCAGGUGUCUGAAGCCCUGGUGGAUUUGACCGGUGGCCUAGCGGAACAAUGGAGCUUGGGGGACUCUGGGUCAGAGGCGGAGCCGAGAUCAGAACAGGACAGCGAACAGUUCAGGAGGAGAAGGCUUGACCUGAACCUUCUGUACCCUGUGAAAGAUGACUGUGUGCUGAGCUGCUCCACUCACAGGAGCCCUGGAGGCGCCAGUGAGCUGGGCCAGUACCAUGCUCUGACUGUCAUGGAGUGGUUGGAUGUGAAGACGGUGUCUGGGAGCAAAGUGCGGCUUCUCAGGAUCAGAAACCCCUGGGGAAGAUGCUGCUGGGGAGGGGGCUGGAUAGGGAGCGGUGCAGGUUGGAAGUCUGUCGACCCUCAUUGUGCUUCAGAUUUACAAGCCCGGGUGGCUGAGGGUGAGUUCUGGUUGGAUGAGGCUGAAUUCAUGUCCCAGUUUGAUGAUGUCACAGUGGGAUACCCCAUCAGUGAGGAGGGACACCUAAAGAGCAUCUAUACUGGAUGUCUGCUAACACACAGCCAUCAACUGCCCGGCCGGUGGGUCAAAGGCCACUCAGCUGGUGGUAGCCGAAACAGCAGCAGCUACGGUACCAACCCCAAGUUUUGGCUCAAAGUGAGCGAGAGGGGAGAAGUUCUGGUGUCCCUGCUGCAGCAGAGGAAGUGGAGAAACAUGGAGAAACAUGCACGAACGCACCUGGAGGACACAGAGAACACAAAGCACCAGCACUACCAGGCUACUGCUCUGCACAUGUGGAAGGUGGAAAAGAAGCAUUUGAAUCUGAGCCGCAUGUUGAACAAACCUCCUUGUGCUUCUACUCACUGCCACGCCUACGAGAGAGAGGUGGUCCUCCGUGGGCAGCUGGAGCCUGGAUACCACCUGCUCAUCCCCAGCACCUACAAGCCCGGGGCCCAGGGCCACUUUCUCAUUAGGGUCUUUUCCUCCUCCUCUAUAUCCCUUAGUGCCCUAAGAAGCCCAGCACCUUCACUGCCAUUAACCACAGAUGUUGAGUGGGAGACCAGCUACUUCUGGGGCUCGUGGGCGGAGGGAAAGACGGCCGGAGGAAGCAGGAACUUCCUGUCUCACUGGCAGAAUCCCUUCUUCCCUUUUACAGUGUCAGACGACUCAGCGGUGACCCCAGGAGUUAAUGUCAGGAUAACCCUGCACCAGAACAGCCCUGACACUGAUCUGCUCCCUAUUGGCUUCCACAUUUACAAGGUCGUAGAAGGGGAAUGUGCACAGACGAUCCCCAGGGACGAGGAUCCCGCGGCCAGUUGCGUCCCCCACUGUUACACACAGGAUGUCAGUCUGGCCUGCAGCCUUCCUCCUGGAGCUUACGCCAUAUUACCGUCUACUUAUGAGCCCGACUGCUCGGCAGACUUCUCCCUCAGCCUGGCUCGCAGAAUACACAGGAAGGUGGUGAAAAGUCAGGAGAGGCUGGGAAGAGCCAUUCAAGAGGUCUCUCACAUCUCUGUGAUGCAAAGCUAGUUCUCUGGGACUGGGGCUGCUCAUCUGAUGUCGGCUCACGUCCCUGUGCCUCUUGGCCCACGAUGAAAGAACCAGUUCUCUUAUCCAACCUCACCAUGCAGUGUGUGUGUGUGUGUAUGUGUCUGUCUGUGUGUGUGUGGCUGAGAAGGCAGAAAGAUGGAAAGAGUUAGUGGGAAUGUGUGUGUCGGGAAUCGUAGAAACCCCUUUAUCCUGAACCGCUGAGGCUCAGGGCUGAUGGGCAGCCACACACUCAUCGGCGAUUAGGACAUCAGAGGUUGUCGGUGGGCUGGGCUGCUAAUGAACUAUGACGGGACUGGCUGGUGUAAACAAACAGCAGCCAUUGAAGAGGGCCGCCACUGCUCUUGCUCAUUCACUCACUGGUGCGCCUGCCGGCCCGGAACAAAGGACCCUCUCAUGAAGGUCCUCACAGAGGCACAAGGGGGCAAGGGGUGAGGGGAUGGUCUCCACCAGCAGAGCCAACCAAACCACACCACACCAUACCGUGCCAUACCAUACCAGACCUUUUCUCCCAUCCCUCAUCCCCCACACAAUCUGCUCCUUUACUGUAGCUAACUUGCAUCGUUUACCUCUGGACAAAGACACGAGGGUUUCUCAAUCCCUCAACCGCGAACCCGCUCACCUCCCUGGGCAUCACUUGAGUCAGGCUGGACCUAAAGAAGUCCACUUUGUUCCUGACUCUCUCCUCAGCCCCUCUCCUCCCUUGUCACCCCCUAGACUCGGUCCACAGCUCCGCUUGGACCUGAACACAGCCGCUGUUUGAAGUGGCCGCAGGCACAGAUGGGAAGAAGGGGACGGAUGGAUGGGAUGAAACAAGGGAUGCGGCACAUCAGAGGAAGACGGUUCAUAUGAAGAGGCGGCCGCCGCCGGCGGCCCCGUUUUUGUGUUUAGACUGCGACUGUGUGGUGCAGUGUGUCUGCCGGCUCGUACCCAUGUCUGUGUGUGCAGAAAGUCACAGGCUCUCUGUCUGUUCACUGGAGUUGACAGAGUGUUUCUGUGCUGUGGUAUUUAUUCGGGAGUGUGCUUGUAUGAGAUGUGAUGAAUAAAUUUGCUGGUUAUGAAUCCAGCCAUUUUUGA